UCUUUAGAUUAUCCUUUAAAUACAGAGUCAUCAUACAAUUCAGCAUCUUCAUUUGGCCAAUCAAGUUCCACGUUCUCUUAUGUACCACCUGGUGGAAAUGUUCUACAAAGGAAAUGUGUCCCAGGGCGUGUAGUACACAUCUGUAAUCUUCCUGAAGGAAGCUGUACAGAGAAUGAUGUCAUCAACCUUGGACUUCCCUUUGGAAAAGUCACUAAUUAUAUUCUCAUGAAAUCUACCAAUCAGGCUUUUCUAGAGAUGGCCUAUACUGAAGCAGCUCAGGCUAUGGUAGAAUAUUAUAAAGAGAAACCUGCAAUGAUAAAUGAUGACAAGUUACUCAUUAGGAUGUCUAAGAGAUACAAAGAACUUCAGCUAAAGAAACCAGGAAAGAAUGUGGCAGCAAUAAUCCAAGAUAUCCAUUCUCAAAGAGAAAGAGAUAUGUUGCGAGAAACAGACAGAUAUGGACUGGAAAGGCCUCGUUCUCGCAGCCCCAUAAACUGUUCACUUUCCCCAAGAUCACGGACUCCAAGCUUCACUUCCUGUAGUUCCCCCCGUAGUCCAUUAAGCACAAACCGAACAGAGUGGGGAAAUGGAAGAGAGCCAUGGGAUCAGUCUCCUUAUUCUCGAAGAGAGGAAGAUAAAGAAUUACCGCCUUGGAGAGAGAAUGGAGAAGAGAAAAGAGAUCGGUGUGACAUGUGGAUGCAUGAAAGAAAACAUUAUAUACGGCACCUAGACUUGGAAGAGCACGUUGAAACAACUAGAGGACACAAAGAAAAAUAUUUAAGAGGGGGUUCACCCAGUGCAAAAGGGGCUUACCUUUUGUCUGGGUAUAAGAUGAGAGAAGAAGACUGUUACAGAAAAUCAUCUAAGCAAAAGUCUGAUAAAUAUCAGACACUGGAUGCUGCUUUGAAGUGCAAAAGGAAGGAAGAGACAAGACUGAGAGAACGCAAACAUUCUCAUUGUGAAGACACAGCUAAGGAGGAAAUGUCAGAACAAAAGCCCAACAUGAUGCCUGACAGUGUCAGGCAAAAGCAAAGUGAUAAAGAAAAAUUAAAAGACACUGCUAAAAAGCCAGAGGAGGAGAUACCUGGUAUAGCUGAAAGAAAUAAUGUAAAGAAAGGAAAAGGAAAUGAAAAUGAGGAUUGGGAGAGUGGAAGUGACAUGGAAGCUGAAACUUGGUAUCCAACCAAUAUGGAAGAGCUUGUAACUGUUGAUGAGGUAGGAGAGGAUGAUCUUAUUAUGGAACCUGAUAUAACUGAUGUUGAAGAAAUAAUAACUGUAGGUCAGGAAGAUGAAGAAUGUUCCAUAAGGAGUGCCUUAGCUGCUGGAUUGGAGGUAAAGAAUGAACACAGCUUAUUAAAUACAAAGGAAGAUAAAUCUAAUACAGUGGAAGCCAUCAUAGGAUCAGAAAAAGAAAAUGCAGGGGAAGUAAGUGGUUCUGAAGAUAAUAGUACAGCUACUAAAGCAACUUAUCUAAACUUUGAUACUGAAGAUAAGACAGAUGAAUUGCAUGAAAGCAGAUCUGAACAGGAUUCAGAUCAGCAUGAUAAUGAAAGAAAAACAAAUGAAAAUUCUAAUAUUCAGUUAAAAUUGGAGAAACAGUACAUAUCUUCAGAUCCUCCAAAAGAAGAACUCUUCCAGCAGAGUGACACAUUUGUAGAUGAUUAUAAAGAGACAGAAACUCUGGAAAGCAGGAAUAAUAAAGAUAAAGAUAUCCUGGCAAAAAAAUCUCAAGAAGAAACAAACUCUGGACAUGAGGAAACUCCAAAGACCGAGGCAAAUUGUAGGUAUCAAGAAAUAAAAAAUCCUGACUUCCCAGAAGUUGAAUCAAAAAAAUCCUAUUUUUCACCAUCAUGGGAACAAGAAGAUGUGUUUACGGAACUCAACAUUCCACUAGGAGUGGAAUUUGUUGUUCCUAGAACUGGCUACUUUUGCAAACUUUGUGGACUUUUCUAUACAAAUGAAGAGGCAGCAAAAAUUCAUCAUUGUAGAAGUACUGUUCACUAUAAAAAUCUUCAGAAGUACCUAUCACAGCUUGCAGAAGAGAAUCUGAAGAAGAAUGAAAAAGAAAACAGUUCAUCCCAAGAUGAUACUGGGAUUGUCCCUCACUUUGAGGAGAAAAGGCUAUGAUUUUUUUUUUUAAUCGAAAACUUGCUGAUUUUUUUGCUGUUCUCAAUGACGCACCUUUAGUUUGCACUUUGCUAAAGAAAGGAAAGUAUAAUGAACUUUUUCUGGCAACCACACUGAGAGCACCAUUAAAAAUAUAAUCCCUGCAAUAUAGUAAAGUAGAAGUGACAUAUCUGCAAGUAGUAACAUCCACCUUUCUGUAAUGGAUACUGUUCUCUCUAAAUCAGAAUUCUCAGGGAUUUUCUCAGCGUUAACUUGUGUUACGACCUCAGUUAGUCAAUGAAUGAGGCUUAUCUGAAAAAGACUCGAUCUGAAUGGAAACGUUGCAACAGCACGUUUGUUCAAUCACCAUGCUCAGUAAUGAACCACACCACUUGAGAUUACAUUGCAGUAAGACGUUAGGUUACUGCUGAGGAUACUGUUUCUUUGGGGACAGCACUGUCCUUGUCUGGUAUAAGGCAGUUCAUGGUAUAUAUUUUCAAAAGGAGUUUAUCAUUCAUAUUGAAGUGGACAGAAUUAGAGAAGCCCUUCUAUUUCCAAUUGGUGAACAUAUUUCAGAACUCUAAGAUAAGGAAAAGUCUAGCAUACUAUGCCUCAUGUUUUCCCUGCUGGUCUUAUUCUCUGUUUUCUUCUAUGUUUCUUAAAGCUAAUUUCUUUUAAAUCCAUUAAUUCUUAAAUCUUAAUAUAUUUGCACAGGAAUAAAAUAUUUCUAAAAUGAGAAGCUGUUCAAAACCCUAUCUACGCUGCUGUAAGUGCCACGAUGGGACAGGUACAUAUCUAUACAUAAUACACAAUUUUAAUUAGUUCAGGAAAUCAGACAUAUUUUUAACUGAUCAAAUGUUCUGUUAUGAAUCAAUUAAACAUUACAGCCUUCAUUAGAACUGCCUUAAAAUUUAAUUUCCAUAAUUUUUACAUUAAUUAUAUAGCUGCCCAACACACUAUGUGUCUGUGAAAAGUUCAUGCAGAUUUCAGUUAAUAAAACACAUAUUUAUUUGUUUAAGUAGAUAUAAUAAAACUGCUAGUAACUACCAUCACAUAAGUUAUUAUAAAAUACACCAGAUAACGUUAAGAGUUCCUGAGCCAUAUUGAAAGAGCAGGUAUAAUUGCUCUAGGUCCUUGUUCAGGUAGUUUGAAAUUUUAUAGAAUAUAUACAGUGGAGUUAUUUCCAUUAUUUGCUGCUUCUAAAGCUGUCUAAUUAUUCAAUGAGAUCUUUUCUUCAUAAUUAAAAAAAAAACUUUGUCAAGAUCUCCCAACCAAAUUCUCAUUUUAUUACCUGUUUCCUUAUUAUCCUUUUCUUAGUUGCAAGGCAGAGGAACCAGUACCUUCAUUUCUUUUAUUUUUAAUAAAAAUAAAAUAAAUUUCUUUUAUUUUAAUAAGUCUGUGCUGUCAAAGGCUAGGUUUGAAUUCAUUAAAUAUCCACAUUCCAUGUCUUAACUUUGACAUAAUAAGAGACAUAUAGCACAUUUCAGAAUCAUAAACUCAAGAAUUUUUGAGAUCCUAGCUUUUGACUUGGUCUUGUAAAAGAAAGGUGUUUUAAAAGCAUAUACCACACUUCUCCUAUAUCAGUUACCCCCUUUAGUUAAAACUUUUUAUCCCAACUUCUAACAUAAAAUUUUCUAAGGCAGCUGACAAAAUAUUAAAAUAGGGGGAAAAUAGCAAGGAAAAAUAAUAUAUCUCUGGUAUUACGGAAAAGAUACAGUUGGUCUGUAGGGGGAACAUAACUAUAUUUGUGUUGUUUUAAUGUAGAUCUUAGUAAAAAUAAUCUCACAGACAAUUCCCAACGAAGAAUGCAUAUUCCAUCAGAAGACAGAAAGAUGGGGAAAUGCACAUGCAACAAAAAUGGCAAGCUUGCUUUACACUAAAAAUCUGAAAUUUAAAAAGACUUGCUUUUCCCCUGCCUUAAUUCUUUACAGUUGUACUGGUUAUGAGUGAGUGAGUGAGAGAGAGAGAGAGAGAGAGAGAGGGAGAGGGGAUGGGCAUGCACAGGGUAGCCUGAAGAGAAUCCAAAGACUAUUUAUUAUAAGUAUGUAAAAAGCUUCCUUAUUUAUAAACAAUUGCAAAAUAUUUGAAAUAUUUUAAAGUCUUUAGGUCUUGCAAUAUUUACUUGUCUCAACCUAUUACUUUUUAUGCGUUUCAUAUCACAUAGCUUUCAUUUUAAAACUAAGGAAUCUAAGCCCUGAGGCAUAAAACU